GUUUUUGCAUGUUGAGCAGACAAACUGUCAAGUAAAUUUCGAAAGGUAAAAGAUGUUUCGAACAGUGCGGUACCUGCCAUCUUUAAUUCAGAGGAGUUCUUGGAACAAUUCCAGAAAUGUUGUCGGACCAUGUCUACAGAUACAGAGGAAAGAGGCUACACCAUGUUCAAUUAUACAGAAGAGGGAAACCAGUUCGAAGGCAGAAUCAGCUGAGACAAAUUCUUUUGCUAUGAACAUAUUUAAGGGUGAUAUCAAACCAUCAACUAUUUUCCCUUUUCCUGAAGUGUUGAACGAGGAACAGGAAGAGAUGCUUCAGAUGUUAGUUGAUCCUUGUGCCAAAUUCUUCGAGGAUGUAAAUGACGCUGCUGCUAAUGACAGCCUGGAGAAGGUGGAGGAUAAGUCAUUGGAGGGACUCAAAGAAAUGGGAGCUUUUGGUCUACAGGUCCCACAGGAUCUUGGUGGUCUUGGACUUACAAACACACAGUAUGCACGAUUGGUGGAAAUAGUCGGGUCACAUGACCUGGGUGUUGGAAUAACACUUGGAGCACAUCAGUCCAUCGGGUUUAAAGGCAUUCUCCUGUAUGGAAGCCCUGAACAAAAGAAGAAGUAUUUGCCUGAUCUUGCCACUGGAAAAAAAAUGGCAGCCUUUUGUUUGACAGAGCCUUCCUGUGGAUCUGAUGCAGCAGGUAUCAAGACAAGAGCCAUUCUCUCCCAUGAUGGAACUCACUACACCCUAAAUGGAGGUAAAAUCUGGAUUAGCAAUGGAGGUGUGGCUGACAUAUUCACUGUUUUCGCAAAGACACCGAUUAUUGAUGAGAAGACAGGAAAAGAAAAGGACACCACAGUGGCUUUCAUAGUAGAGAGAGGCUUUGGGGGGAUAUCACAUGGUGCACCUGAGAAGAAAAUGGGAAUCAAAGCCUCCAACACAGCAGCCUUGUUCAUAGAUGACUGCAAAGUACCUGUAGAAAAUAUGUUGGGAGAGGUUGGUGAUGGAUUCAAGGUAGCCAUGAACAUCCUCAACAACGGCAGGUUUGGAAUGGCUGCAGCCCUGUCUGGCACCAUGAAGUACUGCAUCAAUAAAUCUAUUGAACAUGCUGGACAGCGUGUGCAGUUCCGGACAGAAAUCUCAAACUUUGGAGCAAUUCAGGAAAAGAUAAGCAGGAUGGUUAUGAAACAUUACGUUACAGAGUCUAUGGCAUACUUAGUGUCAGCUAACAUGGACCAGGGUAUCAAAGAGUUCCAGAUAGAGGCUGCCAUCAGCAAAAUUUAUGCCUCGGAGGCAGCCUGGUUUUGUGCAGAUGAGGCCAUACAAGUUCUGGGAGGAAUGGGCUACAUGAAGGAAUGUGGACUGGAACGUGUCAUGAGAGAUCUGAGGAUUUUCCGUAUUUUCGAGGGAACCAAUGACAUCCUGCGUCUUUUUGUUGUCCUUACUGGAAUGGAGUACGCUGGACGUGCUUUGAAGUCAGCAGGUCAAAUGAGUGUUGUAACAGGCAUGCUGAAGAGAAAACUUGGAAUGUCGUCUGGUGAUUCCCUGUCUACACAGGUGCAUGAAAGUCUGAAGGAGCCUGCUGAUCAGGCCUCUAAAUCAAUCGCAAACUUCGGGCAGGUUAUAACCAGUCAGCUGAUCAAACAUGGACGGAACGUCAAAAAUCCUGAACAACAGUUUGUAUUAAAUCGGAUCGCUGAUGCAGCUAUAGAUAUUUACGGAAUGGUUGCUGUUUUGUCAAGAGCGUCGCGGUCAAUCGAGCAGAACCAUAGCUCUGCCCAACAUGAGUUGGAGUUAACCAAAGUCUUUUGUGAGGAGGCCGCCAUAAGGAUUGAUCAGAACUUGAGAGAUACUAUGGACACUAAGGCCUUAAGGAGAUAUGGCAGUCUGGCUCAAAUAUCUCAGGAUGUAGUAAGCAACAACGGAACUCUACAGCAGCAUCCUCUGGGAUUCUAACCCCCUGUCCUACACCUUAUCAGACAUUUUACAUAAGUGCAAAGCACAGUCCAUUUUUGCCUAUAGGGUAUAGCAUGUGCAUGGUUUUUAUGUGUUUUACUUUGCGUGUUUGUGGGAAAGGGGUGGUGCAAAGUUUACUUGAAUCGUUAAAAAUAUUAUAGUUAACAAAUAAAUGUGAUUGUUGGUGAUUGAUAUUAAAACAAGUAAUUCUGUGUCAACAUGUUGAUGUAUUGAUGCAGAUUGAAAAGAUAACAUACAUAAGGACACGUUUAUACAUUUAUUAUUAAAAAAUAAAACGUUUGGAUGUU